AAACCCUAAAAACGAUCAAUUUACAUGUUCUUCUCUCUCUCUCUCUUCACUCUCCUCUAUCGUUUUUACCCUAACAAGCGGCCUCUUCUCCAUCUUCGUCCUCCUCUCAGUGGACUCUCUUUCAUCCAUCGGAGCUAACUCAAGCUCUCUCACACUCAGUCGUUUUCAUCAGUCUGAGAUGGACGAAGCCAAAGAAGAUAAACCCAUUUUUAGGGACAUAAGGAGGUAUUUCUGUGACUACUGUGGGAUUUGCAGAUCUAAGAAAGCUCUCAUCACCUCUCACAUCCUCACUGACCACAAGGACGAGUUGGACAAGGUGAGGGCUGGGGGAGACAAUUCUACAGAGGGAUUAAAAGAAUCAAAAAACACUUGUGAAAAAUGUGGUCUUACUUUCAAGAAAGCUGCUUAUUUGAAACAGCAUAUGCUAAGCCAUUCUACCGAGAGGCCGCAUGUCUGUCCUGUGGAUGAUUGCCCUUCCAGUUACAGAAGAAAGGAUCACUUGAAUCGCCAUCUUCUCAUACACAAAGGAAAACUAUUCAAAUGUCCAAUUGAGAACUGCAAAAGUGAAUUUUCUGUCAAAGCUAACAUUAAGAGACAUGUUGAAGAACUGCAUAAUGAGGGUCGACCUUCCCCCAGCACUGAAUGUGAGAACACUGAGAGGAAGCAUGUAUGCCAAGAAGCUGGUUGUGGGAAAGCUUUUGCAUUUCCAUCAAGGCUACGUAAGCAUGAGCAAUCCCACGUUAAAUUGGAGUCAAUUGAGGCAUUAUGUGCGGAACCAGGCUGCAUGAAAGUAUUUACUAAUGAACAAUGCCUCAAGGAUCAUAUUCAAUUGUGCCACCGACACAUUAGCUGCAAAGUAUGUGGGUCCAAACAUCUCAAAAAGAACAUGAAAAGGCACCUCCGUACACAUGAACGAAAGAGUUCAUUUGAAAGCAUCAAGUGCCUUUAUAAGGGAUGUCUUUGUACAUUCUCCACUAAAUCAAAUCUGAAUCAACAUUUGAAGGCUGUGCAUUUCAACCAGAAGCCUUAUGUCUGUGGCUUUUCUGGUUGUGGCAUGAGAUUUGCUUACAAACACGUCAGAGAUAACCACGAGAAGAGCAGUUGCCACGUUUACACACAUGGCGAUUUCGAAGAAGCUGAUGAGCAGUUCCGUUCGAGGCCGAGAGGUGGGCGGAAGAGAAAGUACCCAAGUCUUGUAGAAUUGCUAGUAAGGAAGAGGAUCACUCCACCAAAUGACUUGGAUGGCUUGUUCGAGUGCUCAGACAAUUUGAGUUGCGGGUAGGGGAGGAUGAAUGAAUAGUAAAUAUGGUGUGGUUUUUGGUGGUUCAUCCUAAUAUAUAUAAGAAAGUGUAUAGCGUUAUAGUAAUCACUUGUUAAUCAUGUAAAGUAUAUCAUCUCAACAGUUCUAAUUAGUCAAUGAAGUAGUAAUAGUAAGUGGAAUUGUUAAGAGACAGUAUUUGUGAGAAGUCCUGACUCGUAUUAUUAUUUUCUAGUUAUCAUUAUUUGUCUUGGCAGUUGGUAA